GAACCCUCACAUCGCUGUCCAGAUGUGUGACUGCAAACGUUCCGUGUGGUUGUAUAAUAUAUAGUGGAUUUUUUUCAGCAGGAGCAGUCGUUGUGCGUGUAGUAAAUAUUAGAACGCUCCCGUUGGUGGUUUAUGGGUCCGCAGGACACUCCCGAUGUAAUGGAUGAUGACGAUAACCAUGUAUCUUCCGAGAUCUAUGAAGAAAUUGAUUAUACAUCGCCUAGUAAGCCAACCUUCAAUCCCAGCUAUGAGGUGUCAAGGUUUGAAUUCUCAACACCACAUGACAAUUCUGUCAUGGUUGACUCUGACGGUGAUCUCAUAGUUCCUAGAAGGAAAUUCAGUCGUAAGAACUAUGUAGAUAUAGAAAAUAAGAGGAGUACAGUAUUAGGGUUGGUUGGACUCCAAGUGUGGAGAGGAGCCCUUUUGUUAGCCGAUUGGUUAAUAUACAACAGCAAAAAUAUUCAAAAAGGGACGCAUAUAUUAGAACUUGGAUCUGGCGUCGGCCUCUCCAGUAUUAUUGCCUCUAUGUUUUCACCAGUAUUUUGUACAGACAUUGAUAAGGGAGAUAUCAUGCCCUUAAUCAAACAUAAUGUCCAGAAAAAUACUCGUCUUGUUCAGAAUCCAGUUGAGGUGAUUGAAUUGAACUUCAAUUCUGAAACUCUUCCUUCAACGAUUGCUGAAGCAUUACCAAACAUUCCUGUUAUUAUAGCUGCCGAUGUGAUCUAUGAUGACACCCUCACAGACGCCUUCAUUUCAACGGUUCGCAAAUUAUUAGCUCCGCCAGGAGAUCGUAGCAUCUACGUAGCCUUGGAGAAGAGGUACGUGUUCACUAUUGCAGAUUGUGACUCUGUGGCACCGUGCUACGAGUACUUCAUGCGGUGUCUCAAAGAAGCCAAUGGUAUCAACAGCGAAGAGCUGGCGUUGGAUUUUCCACAGUACUUCCGGUACGAACGAGUGAAGGAGUUGGCUAUGUGGAAGCUUUCGAAAUCGUAAAAAUUAGGUAUUCUGUUACUAAAUUUUAGGAAGGGGCAGUCCUUUAGGGUUCAAAAUUUGUUGGAUUCAUAAACAAACUUUUGCUAGGUAAAUUAAAAAAUUAUUUUUCGAGUGAAUCUCGCGUCGAUAGUUUUUAGCGUCUUGAGUUAAAAACCGUAUUGAAUGAGUCAAAUGUUUGAAUGACUUGACCGAUUGUUAUUAAAAGAUCGAUUCAGUAAUCGGCUUGACCAAUUUUCUUUAAAAUACCGAUACAGCAAUCUAUAAAUCAGCAGGCAUGGGUAAUGGUUGACGCAUCGAGCUACUAAUCGGUCGACUCGAGUUGUGGAUGUUGUGUUGUGUGUUAUUAGUACCACGCACCAGAUCAGUGCAAGAUCAAUAUAGGCACACCGCGUUGCUGGAGCUGAUACAGACAGACACUCACACACAUACACGUCUUAAACCUAUAACAACCUUCCUUUUCACAUUAAGAGUUAGAAGAAAGUACUACUACUAAGUAUAGAAUCCAUCACAAAUACCUGAAUACAUGUUUACGAAAUUCUGUUACGAUCUGAGAGCCCAUAGUAACUCCCAUAGUGUACCAUAACUUUUUUUAAAUCUUAGGUGAUGAAGUAUGUUUAAUGGCUAAAUCCAAUUCUUUGCAAUUAUGUAUAUGAUCAAAUAAUAUUAAACAUAAUAUUUUA